CGCUUUCUGUGCUUGGAGUGAAUAUAUUGUGCGCGCAUAGCGCAGACUUUACGGCAUUUUGCUCCAUCUCCCUGCGCACCGUGCCUGGCAGCUUCAGAUCCAGCGACACCGACAAUGACGCGUGUGGAAGAUGGUCGAAAAAAAUUAACUCUCCUCCAUAAAACAGGCGCUGUCUGAGGCGAGCGAUGGGCGCACUGGGCUCACCGGGAAUGGUUUUGCCUCACCGACCGAGUUUCUAUCCCCGCGUUGCUUCGGUGUGAUUGGAAAGAUAAACAGAAAACCAUUUCGCAACCUAUUUUGCAUGCAGCCUACAGGGCGCAUGAAGUCCGUGGUAUAAUUUUCCACCCUGCUCAGUUCUUCCCGCGAUCUUGCAGUGUGCACACCUCUAGUUUUUAUGCAAAGCUUCUGUGGAAUAUUCUUACAAAUUGAGAGGCGGCUGGUUUAAGAAAUAUCUUUUUUUUUUCUCUGCAAGAUGUUUUGAGCGCCAAAGGGGGAGCUGAGAGCGGCUGGUGUCGUCCGGGUAGGGAGGGCGCUUCUUCUUCACUGCGCAGACAAGCGGCGGACGCGUCUCUGCGCUACCGUUCGUCUCGUCUCCUUCUACAGCAACAAAACACAGAGAACAGGAGGGAAAGGGGGGGAGGGAGGCGGAGAAGGUCCGGGGUGGAAACCUGGAAAUAUACGGCGUUAAAAUGACGAUGUCCGUCCCGGAGAGGAAAUCAGGAUCGGAGGGGAAGGAGGAGGAGAGCGAGGAUGAGAGUGAAAUCCUGGAGGAGAGCCCGUGCGGCCGCUGGCAGAAACGGAAAGAGCAGGUCAGCCAAGGUAAUGUCCCAGGUGUGGAAAGUGCCUCUCUGGCCAUGGACACAGAGGAGGGUGUGGAGGUGGUGUGGAAUGAGGUGCUCUUCUCUGAUAAGAAGGUUUUCAAAGCACAGGAGGAGAAGAUCAAGGAGAUGUUUGAGAACCUGAUGCAGGUCGAACACCCAAACAUUGUCAAGUUCCACAAGUACUGGCUAGACAUGAAGGAGGGCCAGGCUCGGGUUAUAUUCAUCACAGAGUACAUGUCGUCGGGCAGCCUCAAGCAGUUUCUGAAGAAAACCAAGAAGAACCACAAGACUAUGAAUGUGAAGGCCUGGAAGAGAUGGUGCACCCAGAUUCUCUCUGCACUCAGUUAUCUGCACUCUUGUGACCCACCAAUAAUCCAUGGCAACCUGACAUGCGACACCAUCUUCAUCCAGCACAACGGCCUCAUCAAGAUCGGCUCAGUGUGGCAUCGGCUAUUUGUUAAUGUGUUCCCAGAUGCCAGUGUCCACGGUAAAGGGAGGCAACAUCGCGACGAGCAGAGGAAUCUUCAUUUUUUUGCUCCAGAAUAUGGAGCUGGUGAAGAUGAUUACUCCAUAGACAUUUUCUCCUUUGGCAUCUGUGCUCUAGAGAUGGCAGUACUGGAGAUCCAGGCCAAUGGAGAUACAGCUGUGUCCAAGGAGGCCAUCGUCAAUGCAGGUCAAUCUCUGGAAGACCCUCUCAUGAGAGAGUUCACGCAGUCUUGUUUGCGUCAUGAAGCCAAGCUCCGUCCCACAGCUCACGACCUUCUGUUCCACCGUGUCUUGUUCGAGGUCCACUCCCUCAAACUGCUCGCCGCCCACUGCCUCAUCAACAACCAAUACUUGCUUCCGGAGAACUGCGUGGAGGAGAAAACCAAGUCCUUUGACCCCAGUGCUGUCAUGGCAGAGAUUAAACAUGAGGACAGACAGGGAGUUCAGCUCAAAUAUUCCCAUGUGUCUCCUUUGGAACUUGACAAAUUUCUAGAGGAUGUCAAGAAUGGGAUUUACCCGUUAAUGAACUUCGCUUCAACUCGUCCUCAUCCCGUCCCUCGUGCUCUCUCCUUGUCUCAGGAGCAGGUUGAGACAGUCAAGACGCCAACUCCUGAACCCCAGGAAACAGAAACGAGGAAGGUUGUUCAGAUGCACUGUAAUUUGGAGUCAAAUGAAGAAGGGACCAAAACUCAUGUGAGUCACAUAGUAUUACAGCUCUCCUUGUUUCUGAAGAUGGAUGACAAACUUCACAGGCAGCUUAGCUGUGACAUCCUUCCAACUGACACCUCCAAAGACCUUGCCAGUGAACUUGUUCACUACGCCUUCAUAAAUGAGGAGGACAGUGAGAAGGUGGCGGGGUUCCUGGAGGAUGCCAUCUCCCGACACCGGGUUCGAGCGCUCGCCUCUGGGAGCACACAGUGAGGAGGGGUCACGACAGCGGCUGGCCCAGUCAGAGGGGCCCGGUGCGUUGACCACACAGAUCGAAAAAGGGAGAGGGCAUCAGGCAGGAUCACACAGCCGGGAACAGAGGGGAGCAGAGGGAGCUGACCCAGCUGGGGAUAAAAGGGGGACAAAUACGGAAGGACGCUGGACCUUGAGAGUCAGUAAAUCAUCCCAGAUAGAAGAAGGAAACGCUAGCACUGAGAGAGGAACCGAAAGCACCUCUGGUUGGAGGACCAGAGGCAUCAUGGCUGUGUUCACCAGUCCCACAAAGCAGUGGAAGAUUGACAAACUCCCUGCCUAAAAGGGCUAUCAUGCCUUAAGAUAUCUUGACAACUUAGGUUUUCCAUAACGCCACUAAUCAGAACGGAUAUGUUUUACUUACAAAUGCAGCAGCUGUGUUUUUAAAAGGACGUUUUAUUGCUCAUAAGCCUCAUUUGCACUCCAGUGUCCACUUUGAUUGGUGAAGAUUUACUUUGAAAUGUACACAGAAUAAUUUACUAAAGCUUCUCUCCCUUUCAAGCCAGAGCCUUCACUUUAUUACAGUUUUUGGAAUUUAAUAUUCCGUCCAACAUGCACUGUUAAUACUCAUUCAGCAGACUUAUUUAUUUCUGUUUAACUGUGAACUAUAGAAGCAUUGCACAAGCCUCUUUUUUUUUUUGUUUGCUUUAUUUUUAUGACCUGCAAAGUUAACACACCUCACCGCACUCUUGGGUUAAAGGCUAUUUCUCCCAGAGCUAAACACGCCACGCCUAAACGUAGUGACGAGCAAUGAGACGAUGCCUCUCUUUUAGCCUGUAGUGCUCUUAAGGGUUUUCCCUGUGAAAGUGUUCUGAAAGCCAAAGACUUGCAAAGUGCCUGAUAUGGCAAUGUACUUUGGACAAAACUUCCUAAUGGAAUAGCAUCAUACCUAAAUGAGCAAUUUGGAAUUCAACUUACUGAGGCUGACUUUUACAGUUUUAUAAACAAGAUGCAUUGAUUUGGACUAGUUCCCAUCUGUUAUCAUGAGUCCACAAAGUCAGCCUGUGUGAAUAUGAAGAUGAACUUGACACCUGCUAAUGGUGGCUCCAUUAAGAGCUGUAGCCACCAUAUAUUGGACAUAUGGAUCUGACGAGAAUGCUUUCUGCUGCAGUUAAUAUUAUUUGGGGAAGAGCUGCAGCUUAUGUAAAAAAUAAAAAUAAAAAAUAAAAAAAUUGGAGUACAUCAUGGGAAAAUUGUGAUUUAAAAGCAUAGUGCUAUGUAAAUGGGGGAAAGGUGUUAUUGGUGUGAUCUUAAGACUUAUCAAUAAAAAUUGCCAUAUUGUUAAUAAAUGUUACUGUUAGACUUAUUUUUAUUUUAUCUCCCGAAUCAUCUGAGGAUAUUUUCGAACACUGAAUUUGUUUCGUACGUGUCAAGAGGUGUUUGAAAGGCAAAAUCUACCCAAAUUUUUUGAAAGUUUAUGGUGUAAGUAUUUUGCCAUGUCUGUAACUGAUUAGUAGUGCUACUAUGCAUAAGCAUUUAGCAGCCUCCAUGAAGAUUUCCAUCGGCUGCAGAUGCUAAAAUAUAAUCUCUGAUAGGAGAAUGGAAUAUUUUGCUUUGAACAUGCUAAUUUCUCAUAAACCACACCUACUGUGCUUUUCUUUCAGAUAAUAUCAGAGUGAACCUUGGAACUGAUUGCACUGCAGCCCACACAAACACAAAAAUAGAAUACAUCCCUUCAGCUCUGCCAGAUUUUCUUGUCAAGAACCUAAUCUUGGCACCAUAAACGACAAUCAUUUGGGUGGAUUUUUCCUUAUCAAAACUGGACAGGAAAAAAACAAAAAACAAAACAACAGUGAAUUGUCUGAUCAGUCUUCAGCAGUAUACUCUUGUUUGUCAGACUCACUUAGCUCUGCUUCAUUUGUUUCCCGGAUCUGUAAAGUCACGGUUUCAUAACAGUUGCGCUGCUGUACAGUCAUUGCUUACAGUACUUACUUACUAUACUCUGUGUCAAGCCUUUUUAUCAGUGUGUCUCUGAAGACAAGAGCCCUGAAUUCUCCCAGACAUUCACCUACUAUAGGCUGUGGUGUACAUAUUUGUUUGUGGCUAUUAAAGGGGUUUAAGUUGACUGAAUUUCAAUGCAAAGCAGUGCCACUAUUGCUCUCAUUUGAUCUAGUAAGCUGCAUGUCUUAAUAGCCUGCAACCAUUCAAAACUUUGCAUUUUGCCUUCGUCAGUCACAGUUUAGUUCCAGAUGGAACCUGACCAAGAACAUGAAUGUUUAGACUGUGCAAACAUGAAAAAACAUCCAUAUCAGUCUUACUUUAUGUCAGAUUACUUUUUCCCGUGACUCUGUUGAAUGAGACUUGCCUUUGGAUGUGUUCCACUUAAACCUUUGUUAAAUAUUGUAGCUACUGCAAUUAAAUACAUUACAAUAAACUAUA